AUGUAUGUAAGCUAUAAAAAGAAUGAUGGUACACAAGUUAAAGUUCCAUUAGACAACAACUGCUACUUAAACUUAUAUGGAGACGAACAAAAGAAAUAUUUAAGAGUUUAUGAAAUGGCAGAUAUGACAUUGCCUGACCCAGCUCCAGCACCAUAUUAUUAUGACUAUGGAGAUGACGUCAGAACACCACAUGUAGAUGAACAAAAGCUAACAUUAUAUUUAGAUUAUUAUAGAUAUAAAAGAUAUAAUGCAAUAGAAAAAACGAGAAUAGUAUACUAUUAUGAAGAUGACAGAAAUAAAUAUUAUAGUCAAGACUUUACCUACCCUGAAAACAUAAGAUUAUAUUAUAAAAAAUAUUCUGACACAAACCAGAAGAAACCUGAAAUAGUUGCACUAUAUUUUAAGUUCAAAAGAGACAAUCCUAUAAUAUCUCAUAUGUUUGAUUUAAUGAACCCAGUAGGU